AUGGCUGACCGUGAUAGCGCAUCUGAAAGCGACUCAAGCUCGAUCGACGGAGGUCCGAUAAUGAUGCCACCGUCUCCUGUAACUAGAGAACAACUUCAAAAAAGGAUUGAGUCGUUACAACAGCAUAAUCGUGUUCUUAAAGUCGAGCUAGAAACAUAUAAAUUAAGAGUAAAAGCGUUACAAGAAGAGAAUCGUGGUCUUCGGCAAGCCUCUGUCAUUAUACAAGCUAAAGCUGAGCAGGAGGAGGAAUUUAUAAGUAAUACAUUGUUAAAAAAAAUCCAAGCACUUAAGAAAGAGAAAGAAACAUUGGCGCACCAUUAUGAACAAGAAGAAGAAUGUUUAACUAAUGAUUUGUCAAGAAAAUUGAAUCAAUUGCGCCAAGAAAAAUGUCGAUUAGAACAAACUUUAGAACAAGAACAAGAAUGUCUUGUGAACAAAUUAAUGAGGAAGAUAGAAAAACUUGAAGCUGAGACACUUGCAAAACAAAGUAAUCUAGAGCAGUUGCGUAGAGAAAAAGUAGAACUGGAAAACACACUUGAACAGGAGCAAGAAGCAUUAGUAAAUAAAUUAUGGAAAAGAAUGGAUAAAUUGGAAGCAGAGAAGCGAAUGCUGCAAAUAAAAUUAGAUCAACCUGUAUCAGAUCCUGCUUCACCAAGAGAAAUCAAUAAUGGUGAUACUGCUACUAGUUUAAGUGCACAUAUUCAAACUCUAAGGAGUGAAGUAGCCAGACUAAGACAUACAUUGUUCAUCUCACAACAAGAACAUACAGAGAAGAUGCAACGAUAUGUAAACGAAGAGAAACAAAUUCGUGAAGAAAAUUUAAGACUUCAAAGAAAAUUGCAGCUGGAAGUAGAACGUCGUGAAGCUUUAUGUAGACAUCUUUCAGAAUCAGAGUCCAGUUUGGAAAUGGAAGAAGAACGGCACUACAAUGAAAUUGUGAUGUCUGGUGGAAAUAUAAGAAAUCGUACUGUUUCUAGCCCAGUGCCGUACAAUCCUUCACCUAGUUCCUCUAGACCACUAAGUCCAGGUUCAUCAACUAGAGAGGGAUUCAACACAAAUCGAUGUUAUGCUUGUGGUCAACCUACUACAAUUCCAUUUGCAAGCUCAUCACCACCUUCCACUGGUCACAUUGUAACAUCAUCCAAUAGACGCACAUCAGAUAGAUUUAUUAAACCUGCAAUUCCACCAACUAUUGUAAGUCCAAGUGGUCCGCCAAUUGCCGCUAACACAGCUACAAACGCAACUAGCGGGUCACCAAUGGAUAUUACUAAAACAUAAGUCAGUUGAAUUCAUCUAAUAAUAAAUAUUUCAUCGUGUAUUCGUAUAAAGUACUUUUUUGUUGAUGCAUUUUUGCUAUGUGAUUGUAUGACAUACUCAAAAGUUAUUUUAAAGAAAGUUUCAGUUUUCAAUAUUUUAAUCAUUUCAUUUUACAAUCAUAGUAUAGCGCGCAUGAAUUAAUUACAGAAUAUUCAUAAAAAUAAAUAGUCUAUAAAUUGCUCUAUACUUGGUAUCAAAUCGCUUAAAUCUUUCUUGAAACAUAAAAUAGUAUUUAUAUAAAAAAAAAAUAUUAAUAUAAAUCACAUAUGAAAUUCUGAGCUGCUUCAAAUAGACUAGCAAAAUGAAAAUUAAAGGAAAAAUCGCUCUUCUAAUUUCCUUUGUGUAUACUUUAUUAUUAUUAUUAACUUAAUGCAUCUUUUUUAAAUCUUUGAAAUAGUAAUACAAGAGGAAUAUUUUUUACUUUAAGUACUUAGGUAAUAGAAAUAAAUACUUCUGUAAUGGUUACUAUGUAACUUAUUUAAAUUUUAAUAUGUUUUUCUUAUAAUGUUAAUUUUUUUGUAACAUUAUAUGGCAUAACAUAAUAGAUAAUAAUAUAAUUUUGUUCAAGUUACACAAUCAUAAUUUCGUAUGAUUAAUACUUAUAAUGAAACUAGAAGAGCGAUAAUAUAUUUAAAAUUAAUAUGCCUUAAAAAAUAUGCAAUUAUGAUUAAAAAAAGACAGUUAACGAAAAAAGAGAAUAAAUAAAGUUAUAAAAUGGAAACUUUUUUAAUUCUUUUUUCCAAAGAAUAUUGGAUUUUGUAUUAUUUCAAAUAUGAUUGGCUUAAUGUUUUGUAUACAAUCACAUAUUGUGAGUAUUUCAUACGUAAGCAUUUGUAUGCUGUGUUUCAAAUCGACGAAACUAAUAUUGUGAAAUAACAUCUACAUGACAUUGUUGCAUUUAAAUGCAAUCAUAUUUAAAAUGAAAAAAUUAUUAUUAUCAAAUAUGUUUCAAAUAUUUUAUUGUGUUAGCAAUGUUUCAAGUAUUAAUUGCAUAUUUCUAUUUUUCAAAUAAUAAUUAUUUAAUUCGAUUUGUCAGACAUACCAUUAUUUCAUGCAUGUAAUAUUUGUUCCAUUUUAAAACAAUAGUAUAUAAAUAUUGUUUUCUUUUUUUUUUGACAAUAUUUGUGUGUUAGUCAAAUAUUAAAUUAGUAUAUUUUGCUCUUUAAUCACAAAAUUUACCAUUUUGUAACAUAUGUCAUGUAUAAUAUAUUUUCAAUUGAUAUUUAUAUGAAUGUGAUAAAGUAAAGCAUAAUAAUCUUGUGCUACAUUUUAUAAUAAUUUGAACAUUAUUAUUUACUAUUGGUGCUCAAAAUGUCGCGAGAUUUUUCAAUUUGUUAUUAACAAUAUGUUAUGGGCAACAUUUUUGUUCUUUGUCCAGUAAUAAAGUAAAAGAUAUACAAUUCAGCUUUUUAGUUUAAAAAAAAAGAAAAAAAGAAAAAAAGGAAAAAAAGAAAUAAAUUUAGCCUUCGCAUUAUAGAAUUUCUUCUAUGAUACAAUUUAUAUGUGUAAUAUUUGGGUAUCAUAUGUGUCGCAAUGUUAAAUCAUAAAAUCAUUAAAAAAGAUGCAAAUUGAUAUCAGAAAAGAAGUUAACUUAAAAUCGAAAGAAUACUGAUGAUUAAAUGGUAAAUAUUUAACUAUAGUAAUAAUAACAAAAAUUAAUACUUUUUUUAAGCUUUAUAAAAUAAUGUUUCUCGAAUACUCUACAUAUGAAUAAAACGUUGCUACAUUAUAUGGAAUAUAGAUGUAUUAAUUGUCAUAUACAUAUAAUGAAAUUUUGUUAAAACAAGAAACUAUUACUUAUUAAUAGUUAUAUACAGAUAUAUUUCAUUAUUACAUAUUAUGUACUUUACUUAAGCUUUCACGAAAUACAGUCACUUUUUUGCUAUUA